AUAAAGCUUAUUUUUGAAGAGUCAAGAAACAGACAUAGGAACAAUGCGCUGUACGCUUUUGCGGUACUGGAAAACAUUUAUGUUAUCCAAGGAAACAAAUUUCCAAAACAAGACUUUCUGGAGCUUAGGAAUUCUCAUGCUGGAGCCAAUAGAAGUUAUGGGGAAAUUAGGCCUUCGAAUUUCGUUUAGCGCUAGGGCUCAGAAGCUUCGGAUUUUCGCUAGAAGUAAAUGUUAAACAUAAAAGGAGAUGAUGUUAACUGGUAAUUUUAGUGAUUUUAGUUCCGUGAACAGUGAAAAAAUAAUGUGUUAUUCAUAAGACUAAUUUUUUGGCCAUGGGCCAAACGCCAAAGUUACGUGACAAGUUGGUUGACCUCGAAAUUAGAGCGGAGGCAACGCCAUGGGGACCAUUAAAUAUCGAAACAGUAUUUUGCAAACAGCUCUAAAUGGCCGAACUAUAACAAUACUAUUGUGCAUUUCAUUGAAAAUUAUUCACCGCGCUGUGAAAAGUAUUUAAAGAACGAAAUGCCCUUUCAUGGUUGCUAGAUCGAUUUCGCUGUAACUGAACAACUUUCACAGACAACAUUGAGUUUUUUUUGCUUCUGGCAACACUAAAUGGGCGACUACACAAUCAAAACAUUGUCAGUUGGCUUAGCGAGAGGUAUGGAAUUUUGAAUACUUCAACAUUGAUAUCAACUCAAUCAGCGAUAUGCACCGAAAGAAUGAAAAUCUUUACAAUGUGGAAUACCUGACUGAAUACUCGCCGGAGCAUGAUUUCCAAGAUCAAAGCAUGAACGACGAUUUUAUGAAUACACAGCCGCACAGUAAUACGGACGGUUCAAUAACUUUAAAGGACAACAUUGCGGAUACAUUCUAUGCUGAAGACGACUGCUUUAAUAGUUCCGGGUGUGACGACUCACGAGCUGACGUGAAUACAGAACCAGUCGACAAAAAGAAGUUCUGCUUUUUGGCUAAUUAUUAUGUCAAACAAUAUACGAGACAAAAAAACGGAUUAUGCAUCAACAAAAAAACAAACGUCCCCGAGAAAGUGGAUGGAGGUUGUGUGUCCGAGAUCCUGCAGUGCAUUUGGAUUUUCAUUAAACCUCACCUGUGCCGGGAAAUUGAUGUUAGCGAAGCUGAUGGAAUUAAAGUUUCUUGGUCCGUAAAAGAAGAGCCUGAUAUUCGUAAUAUUAACAAGUUUGUUUAUCUCCGAAAUGGAAAACGAAAGACGGUAAUAAAAUUGGACCAAUUGGGAGAAGGAAACAUAAUGCUCAAAUGGCGUGAUAAAGUGAUAAACAUAUUUGCAUUCGCUUAUUCACAAUCCGUCAGUUCCGUGGCGAUUUGGGAGGCAGUAAACAAAUGUCUUCUUCAACCAAACGAAAUGGACAGAGCCGGGGCACCAAGCAACGUUAUCCUAGAAGAGCUGGUACAAGAUCUCAAAGAAAAAAACACACAUUUGCAGUCAUAACUCUGGCUGGAUUCAAUGGGCCAAUUGGAUUCAAGCGUCUCCGGCUCAUCUGCAGAAUACAUUGAUGACACAGAUGCCGCCAAAGGAAAUGAAAGGUAUGUUUUGGUCUCUUCCCAUUUCCGAGGGUAGCAAAGCACAAUGUACGCGUGAAGGUUUGACAGUUGCCCAAAACAUUGUUGAAAAUCUCGCUUCAAGUGUUAAAAAGCUUUGCGAAUAAACGGAACAGCUGAUGAAUUA